AUGUCUACUAUUACCCGAGGCGGAAUCCCCAUCGAGCCCUUCAGGGACGGACACGGUAGGAAUGUGUAUCACUUCAAUUAUCCUAACUAUGCCCCUUUCGAUCCUUACUACCGCAUCACGCUCCACAGACGCGCAUACAGGCCUCGCGAAAUUCUAAACGCUACUAUCAGGGCCUUCUACAACCGACAGGAUUUUGAAUUAAACCCGCGCCAGACCGCAGCGCGCGAGAACUUCUGCGCCAAGUAUGUGUUACAGAGUCCGUUCUACGGGAGGAAGCUUGGGCCUAGGGAGUCGUAUGAGUACGUAGACAACGACGUCAAGUUCUGGGCCCAACAGCUUGACGAUUUCUUCUUCUUCGGGCUGCUUGGACGCUACGUCACGAUCGAGACUGGCUUUGACGUGGUCGGUGAGGAUCCGUUGCAGCUCGAGGCAGAUAUCCGUGGAGAAACCACCACGGUCGCGGAAGACGAGAGUGGUAGAUACGUACGCAUCUUGCUUAACACCGGCCGUGGUGACACCAUCUACGAGCUUAAUGACAUUAUAGGCCAGCUCAUGCACGAGAUGGUGCACGCCUAUCUCCAAAUCUUCUCGUGCGACUGUCUCAGGUGCGAAAGGGCCCUCCUAAACACCACCGGUAUCCCAAAGGAUGGCCACGGGCCCAUCUUCCUGAUGCUCCACCGCCUCAUCUUGAGCGAGAUCAGGCGAUGGGGUAAUAUUGGUGGUAACGACUUAGCUGAGCUGCUCUGGGAGGACUGUCCGGAGUUGUGUAUUAGUUUGAACUCCAACUGGAGAGCUAUCAUGGCCAUUGAUAGCCUCACUCGAGAGGAGAAGAAAAAAUUUAACAGAGUUCGUACAUACGAUUCCAGCGCCACUCAUCUCGUGCGCGUCACGCACACUGGUGCCGUUGCUGUCCGACCGAAUAUCAAGCACCGGCAGAUCCGGCUCGAGAACCAGCUUAAGGACAAGCGCAUCCGGGCGGACGAGUUUCGAAUCGACCUUCUCGAUCACUGGCUCGCGUACGAGGACGAAGAGGAAGAGGAAGAGAAAGAGGACAGUGAAGCGUCGGAGAGCGAUGGUGAAGUAAGCCGGCUGAGCAGCGAUACCCCCGAAAUCAGGAACUAAAGUUUAGUUGAACCCCUGGCCUAUGAAUAGUUUUAUUCGCGAGGCCAAAGCACUCAUGAGAUGACUCACUUUGUAAGAUACGU